GAUGAAAGCGUUCAAAAGGUGCUUUUAUGUUGUCUAUGUUAGUUCAUCUCUCUCUCUCUCUCUCUCUCUCUCUCUCUCUCUCUCUCUCUUGUUUCCUUCCUUUAUUCACGGCACCCUUGCCUUCCAAAUUCACACUUUUAUCUUCUCUGUUUCUUGCUUGUGACAGAACAAAGGAGAAGCUUGCCGAAUUUAUUUCCUUCUUCUUCUUCUUCUUCUCCAUCACCAUUGCAAUCUAAUCUCACCCCAUUUUUUCAGGCCAACAUGUCUGAAUUUCCCUUGUCAUCUACAGAAGAGUGUCCUAAGAGAAAGAAAACCACCUUUUGUUCUCUUAUCCUCUCUGACUUUCACCUCUUCUGCUCUCUCGUCCUCUCUCACCCUCUCUACUUCUCUUACGUUCUCUUCUUCUCGCCUUACAUCAUCAAAAUCCUCUCUUUCCUCUCACCUCUCUUCCUGACCACAACACUCCUACUUCUUGCCCUUCUCAGUACUUUACUUCAUGACACUUGCUCUGACCCUGAAUUCCCUGAAUCUCAGUCAAGUCUUCUUUUUUCCUCUUGCAGCGGUGUCUUGCGUUCCAAUUUUGACGUCAAAGAUGAAACUCCCAUGUCUUUGGAGGAGCUGGAAGCGUAUCAGAUGGUGUUUGAGGCAUGCCUUCCAGAAAUCCUGUCUGAAACUGAAACUGAAACUGAAACUGACACUGAGGAGACAUGUUCCACUACCGAGCUCCCUUUCGUCGACAAAUUCUGCAGCCAUGAGAGCACCGGAGAAGCGGGCACCGUAUCUGAAGCCUUGUGGGAAGUGACCAACGAGGACGAAGCCGAGAUCCCUCGGUCGAAGACUGAGGAUCUGAUGAAUCUGGAAGAAGAAAUCGUCAAAUGUGAAAAGGAAGAGGAAGAAGUCAAGCCAAUAAAUGGCACCGUGCCCGAUAAAGAUGAAGGGGACAGUUGGGAAAUGCCGACAAAAAUGGAAUCCAAAGCCCAAAAAGUCGGUGAUGAGGAAAACAGUAAUGAUGAGGAAUGUGAGCUCCCAAAACUAAGCCAUUUUCUCGGGAAAAUCUCCGGUGACGAAGUAGAAAAGGAAAAUGCAGAUUCUCACAAGACCAGAGAGAUCAUCACUCUUAGCAGUUUUGGGUCAAUGAGGAAGGAAAAAGAAUGGAGGAGGACACUCGCUUGCAAGCUCUUCGAAGAACGACACAGCGUCGCCAGCGCCGGUGCCACCGCCGGAGGCGGCGGAGGAGGAGACGACGGCGGAGAAAAUAUGGAUCUUUUGUGGGAAGCUUACGAGACCCAUAUAGAUAAAACGCCAUCGAGAUUGGAAGAGAAGAAGAAAACAAAGAAGAGCGAGAAGCAGAAGCCGCAGAAGGUGAAGUCGAAGAAGAACAUUGAAGAAAUUUACCAACACAAAGCUCAUGAUGAUGAUGGUGAUGAUGGUGAUGAUGGUGGUGAACAGCUUUGCUGCUUACAUGCAUUGAAGUUCUCGACAGGGAAGAUGAAUUUGGGAAUUGCGAGGCCUAACCUUCUGAGACUAUCAAAGGCUUUCAAAGGCUUUGGAAGGUUCCACAGUGCCGCCUCCAAGCACUCCAAGAAGGCAUGAGGAUCUUUCUGUUUUUUUCACCAAAAAAAAAAAAAGAAUAAAGAUAUGUCUCGUUGUGUAAUUUCAAGCUUUUCUCUUUAUCUGUCUACCAGUAGAUCAUCUUGCCCAGUCUCUUUCGUACUAAUGUAUAUUCCAACAAUGUAUACAACUAUAUAUUUGAUAUA